GUCGGUUUCGUCACCCGACUCCCACUGUUUGUGAUAGGGGGUUCUCCCAUCCCACGCUAUACGCUUCCGGUCGAUUCAUAUCCGCUUCAGAGACGGAAGUAAGACGUCAUUGUCGUGGGUGCUCUCGGCGCGGGUGAGCUCCCGACGUCAUUGAAGCGUCUGAGCCGCUACGGGAGGGAGCAGGCAACCGACAUGCCUGUGUUGUGAUGACGCUAGGUCAAGUCCCUAGUAAAGGAACUUGAGUUUGGACAUGUCAACCUCAGCAUUGGAACUUAAGCUUCACAGCCCAGCAGGGUCGGAACCAGCCAUCUUUACGUGGCCGUUGCCAACCGGCACAUCGAAAAAGGGAAAGGAGCAUGAUGGAGCCCUGGAAAUUGUUGACACCAUCAGAUGGGUUUGUCAAGACUUUCCAGAGCUCAAGAUGGCGAUGGAAAUCAAUAUACUCAGCCAGUAUGACACCAAGAGCUAUGAAAGCAUGAAAAAUCUUUGUGAUAGGUACAACAGAGCAAUUGACAGCAUACUUCAGCUGGAGCGGGGCACCUCCCGACCGGCACAGCGCUUCAACAAGAGGCCGUCGCGCGACCUGCUGCGCCACAUCAUCCAGCAGGUGUACAACCAGGCCGUGGAAGACCCAGACCGGCUGAAUCAGUACGAGCCCUUCUCGCCCGAGGUGUACGGCGAGACGUCGUUCGACCUGAUCUGCCAGAUGAUCGACCAGCGGCCGCUGACCGAGAACGACGUGUUUAUCGACCUGGGCUCCGGGGUGGGCCAGGUCAUCCUGCAGAUGGCGGCUGCCACGCCCUGCAAGAUCUGCGUCGGCAUCGAGAAGGCCGAGACGCCCUGCCGAUACGCCAAGGCGCUGGACAAGAACUUCCGGCAGUGGAUGAAGUGGUACGGCAAGAAGCACAGCGACUAUCAAUUGAUUGAGGGAGACUUCCUGAAGCAGGAGCACCGCGAAAAGAUCACAUCAGCGACGCUGGUGUUCGUCAACAACUUCGCGUUCGGUCCCACCGUCGACCACCACCUGAAGACCAUCUUCCAAGACCUGAAGGACGGCGCACGCAUCGUCUCUUCGAAGGCGUUCUGUCCGCUCAACUUCCGCAUGUCGGACAGAAACCUGAGCGACAUCGGCACCAUCAUGCACAUCACGGAGCUGGCCCCGGUGCUGGGCUCCGUCUCCUGGACCGGCAAGCCCGUCUCGUACUUCAUGCAGGAGAUAGACCGCACCAAGCUGGAGCGCUACUUCCAGAAGCUGAAGAAUCCGGAGGACGACUCAGGCGGUUCGUCAGGCCGCAGCAGCCGCUCGGCCACCCGGCGCUCCGAUGCCAAGUCCCUGCUGCUGGACUCCAGCAGCGGCGACUCGGACGCCAAGGAGGCCGGUAGGUGUGAGGAUGAGACGCCGCGGCCCCCCCGCUUAUUUCGAAGACGUGUAUUUCACAAAGUUGGCACACCUGAUUUCUCAUACCUGUCCAUGUCUUGGCCGCUAACGCCGCACCCGUCCUGCCGUGCAGCCAAUCAGCGUAAGCCGAAGCGGCGGCUGACGCGGAAGCUGCCGCGCGCGCGGCCUCAGGUGCGUGCUGCCGCCGCCGCCACCGUGCCGCCCGUGCAGCUGAAGCGCACUGUCGCUGGCAAGGGCAGGAAGCCGGGCCGCAAGCGCAAGCUGAACAUCUCCGGCCUGGACGUGCUGCACAGCAAGACGCUGCUCAGCACCACGCACAUGGUGACGGCGCCGGAGGACGUGGCGCCGGGCACCGUCGACCAGAAGCUGUCGUCUGUGGCGCUGGGCGGCGUGCUCAGCCACCAGGAGCUGCCGCCGGAGCUGACUGCCGGCGACGUGCCGUACGGCCUCCAGCUGCUGCUCGAGUCCAUCAAGAACCAAUAUAUGCAGUUCAUCCAGCGCAUGCAGACGGCCGACUUCCGGCGCUCCGUGGAGCUUGAUAUCGAGCGAGAGCGGGUGCGGCAGCGGGAGCUCAAGGGACGCACCAGUCAGCUGGAGGCGCAGAUCGAGCACCUGAAGGCCGAGAGCCUCGGCUUCCUGAAGCGACGCAUCGCCGAGCUGGGCAUCGAGGCCAGCAAGCCGGAGGAGCUGAUCGUCAAGGCCAAGGAGAUUGUGAUGCGCCACCGCGAGCUGCAGGAGCGAGCCGCUGCCAUGGAGACGGAGGUCGCUACCAUGGAGCAGCACCAACAGCAACAGCAGCAGCAACAACCGCCUCCGCCAGCGGCCGCCGCAGCCGCUGCCGGCAAGGAAGACACGGUGACGCACGAGCUGGUGAUGCAGGAGAUAUCGCGCACGUUCGCCGCCCGGCGCCGCGUCCAGGGCGAGAUCCGACUGCUGGAGAACGAGGUGCAGAUGUUGGAGCGGUCGGCCGCCGAGAAGCAGGCCAGCCAGCAGCUGCAGCUGGCCGCCGCAGCCGCCGCCGCCGCUGCCGUCGCUCCGCCGUCUGCCGGCCACCAGGUGUUCGCGCCGCCGCCGGCAUCGUCGUCCGCCGCCGCCGCCGCCGGCGCGCUGCAGGCCGGCCAGAAGGCGCGUCACAAGAGCCGCAACCAGGAGUGGCCCAAGGUGCCCGACAUUGGCAAGAUCCACGAGAAAAACCCCGAGCUGCUGGCGCGCAAGAUCCUGGAGACAGGUCGUCAGAUCGAGGCGGGCAAGAUUCCAGUGAUUCGCAGCUCGCCAAGCCCGGCGCAGGAGGGCGCGGCGCGCGCUCCGCCACCGCCGCCGCCGCCGCCCCCUCCGCCGCCGCCGCCACCGCCGGCCGCCCGCCGCGAGCCCGAGCGGCGUGGUUUUGGCGUGCAGCGCGUCCACGAGCCGCCCAAGGUGAACAACUUCGAGGACCGGCUGAAGAGUAUGAUCACCUGCUUCCUGAACGAGGACAAGCCCUCGGAGGAGGGCGGGUUCCGCGCGGCCGGCGCGGCCUACCCGCCGCCGGGCGAGGAGGCCGCCGGGCCGCGGCUGCUGGGCCGCCUGCCGGCCGCCCACCAGCCCGACUACACGCAGUUCUCGCCUGCCAAGCUGGCGCUGCGCCGCCACCUGUCCCAGGAGCGGCUCAACACGGAUUCCGAGCCCGGCCACGCCGCGCACAAGGGCCCCGUCCACGCCGCCGUCGACAUGAACAUGCUGUAG